CGUUCCUCAACACAAUCUUCUAAAAAUUUACUGGUGAAUAAUAUUUGGUUCUUGAUAUCAUCAAGUGAAGAAAAAAAAUGUCUCUUGUUGGUAAGUCGGAGAUUGAUAUAGAGAUCAAGGCUCCUGCUGCUGAGUUUCAUGAGGUUAUUAGCGGCAGGCCACACCACAUUUCCAAUGUCAGCCCCGCACACAUUCAGAGUUGUGAAAUUCAUGAAGGUGAAUGGGGAAAGCCGGGCUCUGUUAUCUUCUGGAAUUACACCCAUGAUGGGGUUCCUGAGACUGCUAAGGAGAUAAUUGAAGCCAUAGAUAAUGAGAAAAACUCAACCACUUUUAAAGUGAUUGAAGGGCAUUUGUUGGAGAAGUAUAAGUACUUCCAUAUCGUGGUUCAGGCUACUCCAAAAGGUGAGGGCAGCUUGGUGCACUGGACUUUCACUUAUGAGAAGCUGCAAGAAAAUAUUCCGGAACCCCGAGGAAUAGUUCAGCUAGUUCUCGGCAUGACCAAAGAUAUCGAUGCCCAUCUUACCGAGCAGAAGGCAUAAACCUACAUGUCAUUAAUUUUACUGUGUUUUCGUGUGUGUUUUGGCAGCUGAAAAUAAGAGCUACUUUCGGAAGUAGUUGAAUAAUUGGCUUGUUCGACCAGUCAGUGUUUGUUUAUUAUAAAUUAAUGAAAUGUGAAUUUAAUGUUGUGUUUUA